CAAAUACGUGACAAUGAGUGAUUGUUUAUUUAUCUAGGUGGUUAUUAGAGAUAGAUAAAAUCAACAAAUGAGUAUAUUCAAACAUUGGAUUUGGGAGUGAUCAACCACAGCGAGAGCCAUGUAUCAAACAAUGGAGAUUUACAUGGCUCGUAAAAAGCAAGUUCCAGAGCAUUACAACCCCGACUCUUAUCGGAUAUUUGAUCGAGAAGUUGGUGAUGAUUCAUUAGGGGAUUCCCGGAUGAAUAAACUACAUAUUGAAAGAAAAAAUCCCCCUCCUCCAACACAUCCACGAGAACCUGAAAGAAGAAAUUGCCCACAUCCAUGGCAUAGCAGAUUUUUAAGGCAUAAUGCCAGGUUGCUCAAUGAACCAAUCUGUGUAAUGGCUACGGAAAGUACGGACUUAGAACAAGACUCCUGGUGGCCAUCAAGGACUAGCGAUGAACCAUUGAAAGUACCUGCCAGAACAAUGAAUACAGUGCAAAGAUCUGAUUACCAGCAUUCAGCUCCGGUACGAGGUAACACACGACACAGUAGCAAUCCAUUUACAAUCCCAUCAAAAGGAAUAUUGCCAGUGAAUACUCCAAAAACCAAAGAAGAUCCAGGAGAUGUCUUGCUCGAAAAAAUAUCAUAUCGCCAUGACUACAAUUCAAGAUUGGACAAAAAUGAACCAAUUAGAGGAAAGCUCCAUGGUAGCUUUGUUUGGGAUGAAGUUCUACAAACGGAUUCUGGGAAAGUUGUUGUCACUCCAUGGAAUAAGAAACUGUUACAUCGGUGCGCAACAGUGCCUAUUACACGGAAUGUGGAGACUUCAAGCUCAAAGAAAAAUGACCAAAAAGGAGAGAAAAGCCCAAAGAAGGAGGACACUCCAGCAAAACAUGAUGAAAAUUUGAAUAACCAAACACAAGAACUUGCACAACAAAGCAACACUGAAAUUAAAAGCGCUAAAGAAACAGCUGAAUCUCAGGAAGGAAAUAGCAAAGAAAUGAGCAAAAAAGCUGAAACGAUUCCACCUAUUGAUGGCUUGCCAGCUCCAUCUGCGGCGUAAUUGAACCAUGAGAUUUUUAUUUUUUAAUUAAAAAGAUUAUUUUAUUACCAAUCAAGAUUAAUAAGAUAGUAUUAAUAAAGAAAUUUAAUUAGUUUUGAAUACAAACAUGCGUUAUUUUUGAACUUAAUAGUCCCACCAUUCAUUUUCUGGUUUAUUUCUGUAUGUUUAUUUUGUUACUUUAUUUGAAAAUACCAGAGUGUCAAUGAGAAUUUGUUCUCAAUUUUUGGUACUCCCAUAGUAUGUGUACCCAUGUUGGAGUUGGAGAUAAUUUUAUUCCGAUUUUUUUUAUUCUAGUUCUAUUACGAGUUCAGGGCAUGUCUGUGUUAGCCAAAUGAAUACAUGGUACACCCCUCUUCUGGAGCGCCCAAAUUUGUGUUAUUUGUACUCUUCCAUAAUAGUCCUGCUGGUAAUUUUCCGGUCUAUUUUCUUUGUGUCUAGGUUAAAUGUUUAUUUUUGUAAUUUUAAUAUAAGACACACGAGUGUUGAUAGGAAUUGAUUUAAGUUAUUAUCUCAAAUUUUGAAGAAAAAAAUUUGUUUUCUGUCUUUCCUGCUGUUGCCUAUUUAGUAAUUUUCUUAUUGCCUAAACCAGACUGUUGAGUCAGAGUAUGGAAGUGGAGUUCAUCCUGUUCUAAUUGAUUGUCCUGAUCUGUUCAUCCCUAUUUAGAUGAAAUGUUUAUUUUUGCCUUUUUUUAAUCAAUUUUCAAUUAAAUUUAGUUUUAAUAGAGAAAUUGAAUCGAG